UUCAGUCAACCGCUUUCCGUCGGUCGCCACGCGAGUCUUCCCGCCGUUUCGUCGUCGCCGUCGUUUGCGUGUUUUAUCGGUUUCCGUCGAUUUCGUGAAGUGCGCCGCUCGUUAUCCUCGGACGUCGCGGCAUGAAGUGAAUCGUCGUGUAUACCUAUUAUUAAAUUCUCGCCGUCGAAACCAUCUUCGAGCCUGAAAAAUGCUGGGAGUUUUCAAAAAACGUUGGAAGCCCAAAAACAGGGUUACGAAAAGUGAGAACAGCGAUGAUCUAAUGUUGAGUUGUGGCAACGAAUACUCUGAACCAAUUAAUGCUUACGUGCUUCCGGACUCUCAUAUCACCAAAUUAUGUUCUGCCAGGCAAAUGUUUCCGGUGUGUGAUAACAACUCACAUUAUUCUGUAACAUACGAAACAUUAAAACCAGUGUUAGUAUCGUCGGAUACAGCAUCUGUAGGCUAUGGAAAACUGGAAACUGUGCCGCCACCUAUUGGUGUAGCUUCGGGGAAGAAAAUAGCGACUAUCAACGGUGGAAAUACAACUACCCCUAAUAUUUGUAUCGAGGGUGGCCGGAUUGAAUUCGUCAAAUCUCCAAUAGAUAGCGGUGAUGAAAAACAGGACUACCUAAAGGAGUAUAUGGAAGCGAAAAUCGUGCAGCUGGAAUCUGAGUUAGUAGCGGAACGGCGAAUUACGCAAAGGGAGAGGACUCUAAACUCCAAGCUGCAAAAACAAUUAGCUCGGCGUGAGUGGCUGCAAAGGGAUGUGGACAGAGAAAGGAGACUGCGCUUGGACACGGAGGCUAGACUCAAGGGUUCCAGUUCCGAAGCAGACAGAUGCCGUGUCAAGCUGUCGACUUUACAAAAAGACUUCACCAAAAUGGAAGAAACCGUACGGUCUUUACUUCAAUACAAAUCCAAAUUUGAGCAACUAAAACAAGACCGACACUCAGUGGCCAACUCCUAUGAAAAUCAAAUCUUACAGCUCCAAAACGCAAUCACCAAACUCAAGAUUGAAAACGAAACGUUAAAGAAGCAGAUAGAUACUCUCGAAGCAACGGGCAUCAGCCAAGUACAAAAAGCGUUAGUCGAACGACUCCGGAUAUUGGAACACGAGAAAAGUCGCAUCGAACGUGAGGGUGAACAACAGCGCAAACAGUACGAGAGGUGUCUAGACGACGUGGCCAAACAAGUGGUCAAAGCGGUGCUGUCACAAAAGGGUCUACGGGAAGAGAUAUCCUCACUCCAACACCGCGUCAAAGAACUUGAGACCGGCAACUGUGCGCUAUCCGCCCUUCUGGUGCAACGACUACAGGGCCAGAAGAUCAACUAUUCGCCGACCACGAUGCCGGUAGCUGAGAGUCGGUCGGUUAUGUUUGACAUCCACCGGUCGCCGUCUGUGAAAAUGGCUAUUGAACGACCAGCAAGCUGCGAUCUCACCAAGGGUCUGAAGAGAUUAAAAAAUGACGGAUGGCAGGCAGCGGUAUCAUACCACAGACCGCAGUCGUUGAAUCUAGAGAUUUGUUGCUCGCACAACGCUGAAGAGACAACGAAAUGCGACAGAGUGCUCGGUGACGAGACGCCUGAAAGUGGUAACCGAGACGAAGGGUAUUCGACCAUGUCGAGCGACGUGCAAGGCACAACCGAACCACCGUCCACCAAAGGUUUAGAAGACGUGAAGGAAGCCAACGAGAACGAAUCGAAUGCGCUCAUGGAAUCAUCGCCGUGUUCCAGGGUGAUGAAUAGCGAAGAUACGGACGUGAUAUUCGUGCCGCUCAGUCUGUCGUUCAGCUUCAUUAACCCGCGUCACAGCUACCCACCAUUGCGAUGUGGUCCGGCGGUGCACAACAUAAUGCGAAGCUACUCGGACUCGCAUCUGUUCCUGAAGCUGGCCGCGGCCACGGGUGGUUUAGUCGAGGACGAGGACCGGACGUCGUGGUACAGUGGCGGCGAGCUGUGGGACAUGGACUACGUGCAGCACUGGCUCCGAUUGGACGAGACGCGUACCGCCAUCCAACAACGGAUGGAGUACGACGCAGCCGAGCUGGAAGACUGGAGCAUGGACGACGGUACCGGGACGUCGAACGGCUGGAAGAGGAUGUCAUCUGUAGACGGAAAACUGCAACAAUCGUUGCCGUGCAUCGAGGAAGAUGACGCGACCGGUUCGUCGUCGACGUCCGGCUGCCGCAAAGACGACCUGCUACAGGACAUAGGAUCGAUCAGAGACAUGUCGUGGUACCACUUCCAGCAUCACCAUCACCAACAACAACACCAACACCACCAACAGCCCCCCUACGCACCACAAGGCCAGAUUCAGGUGCACAACAACCAUCAGCACGAUUGCCAGCAACAACAGCAGAAUCACCACCUCCACCACCAUCACCACCAGCACGGCCUGCACCAACAACAGCACCAGCAGCUGUCGUACGGUUCGGGGUCGCCCGGUGGUGACUCGUGGUCGAGCGCAGAUGAGUACGCGGUUGCCGACACGCCGCCUUCCAAGAGGUCGUCGGUUAGCUGCUCGGCGGACAGCAUCGAACUGCUGCCGCCGCCCGGGCCGAUUGCCGGCACCGACUUCACUCGCGACUUUUACCGUCUGGUCAAGUUUGAAAGCUCCAAGAGUCUGGCUUCCACCUCGUCGCGGAGCGUGACGGGCGGAGGAUGUGGUCAUCGGACGCCGCCGGUGGUCGAGGCGCAGCUGGAUCGCGACCAAGCGUUACAGAGCGUGCUGGACUUUAUCGCCGAACAACAGCAGUACUGUUUGUCCCGGCAAGCUGAAGACAAACGAGAAUCGCCUCGAGCCCCGUCACCAGCGGUCGAGACCGAGGAAUGCCUUCGUUCGGAUCAGCCCUCGACCGACACGAGGUCUCAGACACCACCACCACAACUACCGACGCUGCCGACGUCAAAUCCGACUCCGCCGUCCGCGUUGCCGGCGGCGCACCAGACGUACGACAGUAACAGCUGUAGCGACAACCUGCUCAACUCUAAGGACAGCGGACUGUGCGGCAGUGACGUGGAGAUCGAGUGCCUGCCCGAAGACUGCAAUUACGCGGCCGAUCAAUCGCCCACAGCCGCAUCCACGCCACUUUCCACUCUUCUCAGGACCGUGGUGGAGGAAGACGAAGAAGCGUCAGCCAAGUCGACGUCCCCACAACCGCCGUCGUCGUCGUCGUUUGUCGGCGCCGGUGGUUCAAGUAGCGGUUGCACGGCCGACACCACGGUGUGCAUGGUGCCCGCGUGGGCGGACGCCACGUCCAAGGAUUUGAUCGACCAGUUGAACUGGAUGGACGGUUGUAGCGAAGGCCACCCGCUCUUCAAUACGUCACCCGAGGAUGAUGUCGUUCAACGUCGUUCUCCGUCGUCAUCACCCGACCUGGACGAGGCGUGCUGCUGUCCCACCGGAUGGGUGCACGUCGAACGUGACAUCGACUUCGCCGAUCCUAAGGAACGAGCAAAUCUGUUGGACGUUAUGUUAGCGGCCAGUAGAAGUUCUUCUAGCAGCACGAGCAGCGCAUCGACGGGUGAGGACGACGACGACGACAGCUGUAGCAGUGGCGUCAGUGGCGGAAGCUGUAGUGGCAGAGCUGGUGGCAGUGGUUGCAACGACACAACUGACGACAGUAGCGACGACGAGCGUGACCCAAACGACGACGACAUCGCUCGUCAAGUCAGCAGACGACGGACUACUGAGGCCGGGAUCGAUGCAUCAAACGAGGAAUCGUACAACCGUCUGCAUAGGUUGCACCGGGUGCGGAGACAAAAAAAAGCUUCCGCGAUCCGCGACGGGUUCGGCGUGCUCCGGUGCCCGGCGGCGGGACUCCGGCAGUCGAUCGUGGGCCGCAGCGACUUCUUCGUCCGGUUCGGCGACAAGGAGCGAGAGGCCAUCUCCAACUUCGACUUCCUGGACGACCUGUCCACCACGUCGCUGAGCACCGACUCGAGCGACCGUCCCCCGUCGCCCCGCCGACCGUCCGCCGUCCACGCCGCGUCCACCUCCGCGGCCGCAGACCACCGCGGCAAAUACUACUCGUACACGUGUUCCUCGUCGGCCACCGCGGCGGCCGCCAACUCCGCGGUGCCCGGCCACCGGCGGCCGCCCGCGUCACCGUCGGUGCUGCCCGCCGACUGCCGCCGGCAACGACGCCGCCGCUACUCCGGCCUGUCGCUGAGCGAUUCGUGCGGCGACUCGGACUGACGUGGCUGCCGUCAGUGAAGAACGUACCGUCCGUCCGUCCGGAUGUAAUCGGCGACCGCAUAAUAUAUUGUUGUAAAAUAUUCGUAUUUUCUCGCGAGACAAUUAUUAUUCUUCCGAAGCCUCCUCCGCGUUUUGAGUUUAUAUAAAUAUUUUUUUUUUUUUUUUUUUGAUAUUAUAUAUUAUAAUAUAGAGAGGUAUAUUAUACAUAAUAUAAAUAUAUUAUUAUAUUUCAUCACACCGUACUACUACCUAUUAUAUUAUUAUUAUAUUAUUAUUAUUAAAAAUCGUAUUAUGACGAUGAGACGUUCGGUAUGUUUUCCGUUUUUUACGAGAAAAAAAAGUAUAUUUAUACGAAAAAGUAGGUAGGUAGGUACAUGAUGUAACGCGAGGUAUUAUACUACUCUGUCCGUAUUUUAAAACGUACGGGUUUAAACCGACAACUAAAUUAUCUUAGUUUGUUGUUUUUUAUUUUUCAUACUUCAAGUGUAUACAUAUAAUAAUAUGUAUUAUUAGUUUACAUGUACCUACCUUUUAAUAUUGUAUAGUCGUCGGAGGCGGUACGACGAAUAGUAUUAUAAUUUCAUUAUGUUAAACAUUAUUAUAUAUAUGAUACACUUAUAUAUUAUUAUUAUAUUAUGAUAUUAUAUACAUCUUAUUAUUGUAGUUAUUUCGUUUAUCGGCGCCGCUUGUACCUCGUGAAAAAAACCGCUUGUUUUCUUCUUUUUAUUAUUAUUUUAUUAUUUUUUUUUUUUUUUGUCUAAUAUAAUUAUAUGUGAAUAAAAUAUUAAUAUUAUAUAUUAUGAUAAUUCAAAUGCAAAUCAUUAUUAUAUAAUAUAGUCUAUAUUAUUAUAACUAUUAUUGUCGUAUCGAUGAUACUGUGUGUGUGUAUAAAUACAUAUUAUUAUAUAUAUUAUACUACAUUAUUACAUUAUUUUUUUUUUGUUCAAAAUAAAAAUUUUUACCCAACGA